AACAAGAAGAAUAUGCCAGGUGUUCGCCAGGCAAACUCUCCCAGUAUUCCUUGCCUCCUAAAAGACUUUUAAUCGCGUGAUAUUAUAUAAAUAUUCUGGAAUGUUUGACAUUCAAAUCUUUCUUGUCAGAUCCGCAGGUCACAAACAGAACAAAACCAUGCUGCUGACAAGCUUAGCAGCCAUCUGCAUCUUAUCCUUCCAUUAUGGGAUGGCUGUUCCCCUCACCGCCUCCAACAAAACGCUGGGCGUUGAAAGGCGACAAGCUUUUUGUGACGAAAGCACGUGCCUGCUUCCAAAGUGUAGAUGCAUCAGCGCCAGCAUUCCUGGGAAUCUUCCUGCCUCAAAUGUGCCUCAGAUUGUGAUGGUCACGUUCGACGAUUACAUCAACAGCGAAAACUACAACUACUAUGCUCAACUUUACCCUCAGAGCGACCCCAUCACUAACCCCAAUGGCUGCACGGCUCGUGCAACCUUCUUCGUCUCCGGGUUAGCAGAAACCAACUUCAUCAUGGUGAAGACCUUGUCUGACCUCGGUCACGAGGUGGAGUCCCACUCGGAGGAUCACACGGAGCCGCAGUUCUGGACGCGCGAGCAGUGGGACGAGGAGAUGGAGGGGAUGAGAGAACGACUGGCUGCCGCCACGGGGCGCACCUUGGCACAGCUGAACGGCCUGCGCACUCCAUACCUGCAGCUGGGCGGCGAGGACCAGUACGACAUGGUGGAGGACGAGGGCUUCCUCUACGACUCCUCCAUGUACGGUGGAAGCCUGGAGGAAGAUUUGUCUCCCCUCGUCUGGCCCUUCACCCUCGACUACCCUCCCAGCCCUGACGUCUGCGACACCAUCCGCUGUCCGGCUGUGAGCCACCCGGGAGUGUGGGAAAUCCCCCUGCGGCGUCAGUACACCGUGGAUGGCGCCACAUCCUGCGCCAUGUCUGACGGCUGCAUCACGUCAGCCAGCGCCACCGUGGAGGAGGUCGAAGACUUCCUGCUGCACAACUUCCUGCGGCAUUACAACUCCAACCGCGCUCCAUUCAUGAUCUCCAUGCACGCGACUUGGUUCAGCAACGUGCCCAACAGCUUUCCAGGCGCUCAGGAACUUCCUCCGCGACCUGACCCUCCUGGAGGACGUCUACCAGGUCAGCUUGUCCCAGACAGUCGCUUGGAUCCAGAACCCUACCAACCUCGCUUCCAUUAAAGAGUUCGCCCCUUGGCAAUGCUGAGGAGUGCUCGAGGGAGUAUACAUUAAACGACCUCAAUAAACAGGAAACGUAAUCUUC